AUGAUGCAGCCAAUAAGUUUACUUAGUGGUAUCAUUUGUGCCACUUGGUCGUUUGUCUUCUUUAUAAUAUGCCAGCAUUUAAUUCAGCCAUUAACCGAAAUUUAUCAUCCACACAACGACAGGGACAAUGUCGAGAAGCGCAAAAUGAAAAUGGUUCAAAAUCCAUCUUACAUUCGCACCUGGUUUACUGACUCAAAUGCUGAACGUUGGAUACGAAAAAACACAUUGAUUAGUUUCUUUCAUGCUUUCAUCACUGGUAUUCUGGGUUUCUAUAGCUGUUGGACCUAUUCACCAGACAUCCACCGUGACUAUGUCAAUCAUAUAACUUGGUUUACGUAUUUGACGUGUUCUUUCUCUUUCGGUUAUUUUUGCUACGACACAAUUGAUAUAAUUUCAAAUCAACAAGGAUCUGAACUUUUGGAAAUGAUGAUUCAUCAUGCUCUCACACUUACACUUUUUGGCACAAGUAUCAUUCGUCGAGCGAAUAUUGGCUAUCUAAUGUUGGCAUUAAUAGUUGAAAUCAAUUCAGUCUUUCUACAUUUGCGAAAACUAUUUCACCAGUACAAUAUUCCUCGUGAAAGCUUGAUUGUUCGGUUAACUAUGGUGACCAAUAUUAUUACAUUUCUUAUAUUUCGUUUUGGACUAUUCAUUUAUGGUUCUAUAACAAUCUUUCGUGAUGGCGAACGAGCUGGUUCUUACUUCCACAUAUUUCUCGGUUAUAUUUUGGUACCAACAAUUUGGAUCAUAAACAUUGUUCUUUUCUAUCGUUUAUUGUACACGGAUUUUCUGAAAAAGAGAAAAACCAAGUAA